AUGCAGUCCAAGCUCUGUGGUGUCGCUAUCGUCAUGAUAGCCUUUUCCGGCGUCGUAGCCAGCCCGAUUGCAAUGACGGAAUAUCGACUUGAUAGUCGUGCCGAGCAGUUUGAAAACGUUCUCGAAGACAAGCAAGACCUUGGAAUUGGGGGGGCUCCUGACAUUUCAGGAUCUUCAGCCAUUCUCAGAGCCCACAUCAUGGCUAGACAAAGCUUGGGAGGAGGCUCUGCCGGUGGUGGUACCGGAGGAGGAGCCGCUGGAGGCACAGGAGGAGGCUCCGUCGGUGGUGGCACUGGCGGUGGUGGUGCUGGAGGCACAGGAGGAGGUUCCGUCGGUGGUGGAACUGGUGGAGGCGGUGCUGGAGGGUUAGGAGGAGGUUCCGUCGGUGGAGACAGGAUGCAGGAGGAGGUGGCUCAGCUGGUGGAGGCACUGGCGGAGGGGCUGCUGCAGGCACUGGCGGAGAAGGUGGUGGAGGCGCGGCUGGAGGAGGCACCGGGGGAGGCUCAGCUGGGGGAACUGGAGGAGGCAACGGUGGAGGUUCAGCCGGAGGAGGCACUGGAGGAGGCGCCGCUGGAGGCUCUGGGGGAGGUAAUGGUGGGGGAGCAGCGGGAGGUGGUACAGGAGGAGGUGCUGCUGGAGGUUCUGGAGGAGGGUGCGGUGGAGGUUCGGCUGGCGGAGGUACUGGAGGAGGCGCUACUGGAGGCCCUGGAGGUUGCAUUGUUCAACAGGGCGUUAACGAUCGACCCUUUUCUCUUGGUGCUGGUUUUCCCAUUGGGUUUUCCCAGGACUCUUACGCGAAUGCGAAGGGAUCUCAUCUGUUGA